AUGGAUAGGUCACAUACAGCCUACACUAAUAUUUUGGAUCAGCACAAUAAGCUCAUCGCCGAGGUCCUGACCAAAUUCCGCCUCCUUUGCCGCCUCUCUACGGCUCAGGAAGAUGCCGAAAGCAAGGAGCCUGACCUAGCCACCAUGGGGGUUACUCGGUUAUCGAUGCAGCUCGAGUUCGAGGCCUUGAACACAUGUCUAAAGGACCUACUGGCAUUGAGUCGCCGUAUCAAAGAGCUCUGGGUCUUUGGCCCCUUGGCCUCAGACCAAGACUCCACACGGCAGCAGGCCGGCGACUUGGAACGCGAUGUCCAACAGGUUGUAAGGCUCGUGAAUGAGCUGGAGGAGACGACAAUGAGAAAGCUGGCAUCCGGGAAUGGCGGAACCUGGAGAGAGAAGCCGAAGGAAGGCGGUCAGCAGCAGAUCUAG